AUGAAGACACUUUAUGGGCAAAUCGAUGAUGAGAGAAUGCUUGCUCAAAAUCAUCUGGAGAUGCUUAGAAACGCGAAUACAAUUAUGAGUUUUGCACCAAAAAAAACGUUUUCAAUUGGCGAUUAUACAGGGAUUUCUUUUAAUGUCUUGGAUUUCGCGGAAAUUCUCCCGCAAUACGCCGAGAUUCGCUUGCGAUUUGCGCACGCUUUUGAUGGAGAAAUAUUACUGUUCACAAAAAAAAACGACGCGAAAGGGGUGAUUUUCGCUCAAGAUUUCUCCAUAUUCGGCAUUGUUUCUUACGAGGGAAUUUCACCAAAAAGUGUUCCACAGAGAAAAAAAAGAUCCACUUCAGACGAGUCGUCAAAGGGUGGAAAUGUUCCGGUGAAUUUCGAUCCACUUUUCGCAGAAACUGAAGUGAAUGAAAAGGGCUGUCGUCGCAAGGGUCUUUACGUGAAUUUCAAUGAUCUUGGAUGGCAAGAUUGGGUGAUCGCGCCUGAGGGCUUUCAAUUAUUUCUUUGUGACGGUGGUUGCUCUUUUCCAUUGCACAGCAAAAUGAAUGCAACAAAUCAUGCGAUUGUGCAAACCCUCGUCCAUCUCUUACAUCCACAACGUGCUCUACCACCGCGUGUUUUGGAAAUUUGCUUUAACGGGACUGGAAGUCCGGCGUCCCCAAGUGCCACUGCUGCUCAAGAAGUGCCUUCGUCCUUGUUGCGAAAAAUCUCACAUUUAGCUUUGCAACGCCAACUUGUAGGACCCCUACAAACAAUACUC